AUGCCGAUAGAUGGGACGGUCACAGAUGGGAAUUCAGAUACAGAGCUCCAAAAUAUGGCUUUGAGGGAGGAAGCGGAUCAGUCCGGUCCGCACGCGCCCCUCCUUGCCUCGACCGACGCCUCUCCAGACUACGACCACGAGGCCGAUGACGGGGUUCCUGCAUCCGAGCUCCAAUACUCGGGAGGGUGGUUUAUAUGGAGCUUGACUUUCUCCGCCGGGAUAAGUGGUCUGUUGUUUGGUUACGAUACCGGCGUCAUCUCUUCCACGCUCGUGACCAUCGGCUCCGACCUCUCCAAUCGACCACUUACGACCCUUGACGAGAGCUUGAUCACAUCAUGCACCAGUCUAUUUGCUCUGAUAGCUAGCCCCUUUACGGGUAUCCUGGCGGAUAAAUGGGGUCGUCGACGGGUUAUACUUGUUGCUGAUAUCUUGUUUGCACUCGGGGCGUUGGUACAGGCUUCGAGUAGCCAGGUAUGGGGAAUGAUUGUGGGCCGCAGUAUCGUUGGUCUGGCAGUUGGUAGUGCAAGCGCGGUAACUCCAUUGUAUAUUUCGGAGGUGGCACCUUCACAUAUCAGAGGACGGCUGGUCACAAUACUAAGUCUCUUGAUAACUGGUGGUCAAGUCGUUGCAUACGUUGUCGGAUGGCUUUUCUCCGGAACUGCUGGGGGCUGGCGCUGGAUCGUCGGUCUUGGAGCGGCACCCGCCAUCGUGCAAUUUGCAGUACUCGUGUUUCUACCGGAAACGCCUCGAUGGCUGGUGCAGGCCGGUCGUGACAACAGAGCAGUAGGUGUUCUCACCCGGAUUUAUCAAGAUUGCCCAGGCUGUGACCGGGUUGUUCGCCGGGUGAUGCGUGACAUCAAAGGCGAGAUUGCAGAAGAGGAAUUGGAGAUGGGACCAAGCAAGGAUCCGGGCACGAAGCCACAAUGGCUCCACGAUGCCUCCCAACGAGCUCAGGAUCUGAUUCACAAUGGUGGGAAUCGUCGGGCCUUGACCAUCGCUAUGAUGCUUCAGGCACUCCAGCAGCUCUGUGGCUUCAACAGUUUGAUGUACUUUUCUGGAAUCAUUUUCAGUGCGCUUGCAUUUUCGUCGCCGACAUUGACUUCGCUGACCGUGGCCGGGACCAAUUUUCUUUUCACAUUGGCGGCGUUUGGACUGAUUGAUAAGAUUGGACGACGGCGCAUUCUACUGUAUUCAAUACCAGUGAUGAUCAUUGCCUUGGUGCUGUGCGCUUGUGCAUUCUCUUCUGUGGAUGUUUCCUGGGAUAUCCAAACGCCACCUCAGCAGCCAAACUCGCCUGACAGUCCAGGAACGGUCUAUCCCCUGGUCAUUCUGUUCUGUUUGACCAUCUACACCGCGGCAUAUGCAUUCGGACUCGGAAACGUGCCUUGGCAGCAAUCAGAGCUGUUCCCAUUGAAUGUCCGGUCCCUCGGGUCAGGAUUGGCAACAGCCACCAAUUGGGGAUCGAAUUUCAUUGUUGGACUCACUUUCCUCCCCAUGAUGAAGUGGAUGUCCCCCACGUGGACAUUUGCCGUCUACGCACUCGUCUGUGCCGUGGGGUGGUUUGCGGUCCGAAGGAUCUACCCUGAGAUGAGUGGACUUGGCCUUGAAGACGUCAAGGGUCUUUUGGCCGAUGGUUGGGGUGUGGAGGAAAGUUUGCGUCGCAGGGCCGAUGCUCAGCAGGAAGAGAAUAGCCAGUAUCAUUGA